AUGUUAGGAUUCGUAGCCAAAUCCAUGGAUCGCCAAUACGAGUACUUGCAAGACCAGGAGGGUGGCGGCUUCGCGUCAGGCUGGCCUGCCACCGACCAAGUGCCAGGUCAGCAACAACCACAUUCCUCACUGCCAGGUCAGCAGCAAUCGCAGCCCGGCGAUCAAGGGUUUCUAGACGCCAGUAACGAUCGGCCAGCUGGCCAGGAGGGUCCGGGUCUCUCGGGUCGACCAGCGGGAGGAAUGGUUUCCGCGGAAUAUGCGGACGAGGGGCAACCCGCUGGAGGCGGAAUCGGCGGGAGCGGUUCCGGCGGUGGAACCGGUGCGGGGUUCGCGGGGAAAGGCGUUGCUGGGGGAGCGUCCGCUGCCGGGGGAUGCUCCGCCGCUGGCGGAGGUUCCGCCUCUCGUGGAGAAUCGUCUCUCGCGCGCAUACUGUCGCUGGAAGAGCUAUCUACCGGGGAACUACGGUUCGGGAGACACGCGGAGUUGGAUUCCGCAGUGGGGAAGGCGCGGGAAGGAGCUUCGGGGGGAGCUGCGGGGGGACUGGGGGAAGGGAGAGCGGACCAGGCGGCAGCUGGGGGGGGCUUGCCUGUUGUGACUGUAACGGGAGAGGAGCGGAGGAGGAUGGUGGCGGCGUUGAGGGAUGGUCGAGAUCGUGCAAGGGAUCGGACUCGACAUCUGCAGGACGCCCUAUCACGUCUCGACACGUGGCUCAACGGUGUGAGCAUGAGGAGGCGCGUGGGCAGGGGCGACGGAGCCAACGCUGCAGUUGGUGGUGCUGCUGUCAGUGCUGGCGGCGCGAGCGGGGCAGCUGGGACGCCAGGGGAUAACAGCCGAAGCAGUGGCAGCGCGGGGGAUGGUGCUGCUGGGGUUGGAGUUGGAGCAGGGGGGGGAGGGGCUGCUGGUGGUGGUGGGGGAGGAGGGGGAGGAGGGGGACGGACAGGGCCGGGGCACUCGAAAGCUGGGGGUGGCGCGAACCGGCAUGCGUGCACAUUGUCGUUAAUUAGUUUGUUCUGUCUAUCAACAGAGGAGUCUAUUCAGCAGUUCUGUCGUCAUCCUCCAAUGCGCCCUGUCUCUCCUCUCUCCCCACAUCUGCUCGCCCCACCUCCUUUCCACCACCAGUCAAACCACGAAAACGCCUCGGAUCAAAAGCACCUCGCAGGGUCUGGCGCAGCAGCAGGAGGAGCAGCAGGGGCAAGCGGACACGAGGGGCAGCAGCAGCACAGAAAGAUGAAGGGCAAGCGAUCCCGCCCCAAGGCAGAUGUUGCAGGGACUGCAACUGCAGCAGGAGGGAGUGUCAACGGCGUAGUAACAGACUCUCUUGCUGCUGGUACUGGUACUGGUGCUGCCGGUGGUGGUGCUGGUGGUGGUGCUUCUGCUGCAGCAACAGGCGCGGGAGGGGGGCUCAAGCGGUCCCUUUCGAGCUCUUCGCACAAGCCUGGAGGCUCGGCAGCAGGCUCGGGCUCAGGCUCGCCGGGGGGAGUGGUGGGGGAGGAGGGGGAGGAGGGGGAGGCUCGUCUGUGCCUGGAAGCCCGCUUCAGGGGGAGGAAAAUGCGCCUAAGAGCAGUGGAGGCGGAGGGGGAGGGGGAGGCGGAGCGGGGAUCACUAAAGGACGAGCGACCCGCGGUCCUAGGACGUUGGGCGGGGGCGAUAAGGCAGGCGCGGGCGGAGUGGGAAAUGCAGGUGCAGGGGGGGGGAGGGGGAGGAGGAGCGGCGGUGAGAAAGGUGGGAGGGGGAGCAGCAGAUAGGAAAGGGGCGUUUGGCGCACGAGCUGCUUCCCCUGCUCAUUCCGUGCAGUCUGAACGAGAGGGCGGAGGGGAUGGGGCUGGAUUGUGGGAUCAGCCGCAUCAGCCGCAUCACCAGCAGCAGCAUCAGCAGGGUAAUCAGUCAGGGCUCCCCCCUACUAGCAGGGGGAGAAAGCCAGGCAAGCUGCAUAAAGCAGGAGCGGCAGGGGGAGGAGGAGGAGUUGGCGGAGCAGGGGGAGGAGCAGGGGGUGGGUCAGGGGGCAUUGGCGCAGCAGCAGCAGGGGGAGCAGGGGGAGGGGGAGCGGGAGCUGGCUUAGGUAUGGCUAUGUCCCCGUUAGGGUCUGUGGGGGUGAGUGAAGGGGGUGGGGAAGGGGACGAGGAGGGGUAUGGGGGGGAGGAGAUGGAUGGGGAAGGGGGUGGGGGUGGGCGGGAGGGAGGGGGACUUUGGCCGACAGAGAGUGGGAGUGUGGGGGGGCAUUUGGGGGGCGCGGGGGAGAGCUUAGGGGGAGCGGGGGGAGGGGCGGGGGGGGAAGCAGGGGGCUUGUCGGAGGUCCAGUCCCGAGGCACGGGAUUGGCUAAAGUGCGGAGAAAGGACAAAAAGGGCAAGCUGGGGAGAGUGAGAGAGAAAACAGAGGGAGGAGGGGGGGUAGUGAAGGAGGAAGGGGGAGGUGGAGGAGGGGGAGGGGCGGGAGGGGCGGAUGGGGUGAGGCGACAGGGGAGGACGGGGAGAUUAGUGGCUGCUGGGGGGUUGAGAUUGAAGAAAGAAGCCGUGUCUAGCAUGGGGAGUGAAGGGGCGGACGAUGGUGGGGUGCUGGGUAGUGGUGCUGGUGGCUCUGGUGGUGCUGGUGGUGCUGCCUCUGCUGCGGGUGGAGGUGGCAGUGGCGGUGGUGGGAGUGGUGGGGGUGGAGCAGGCGGGGUGGUUGGAGUGGCGAAUAACGUGAAGCAGAUCCGCACCUCUCGCCUGGGAUUGGACAAAGGAGAGAGGGGCGGCAGGGUGGACAGGCGCAAUGCAGCCAACAGGGUGCAGAGGCGCAUGCAUGCAGACAGCCCAAUGGAGGAAUCCGGUGAUUCGGACGAUGAUGCGGAGGAGCUAUCAAAUGCGAUACAGGCAGCCAUGAAUACAGGAGCUGCAGCAGCGUCCAGCCCCUUCUGGAAAGCCGUUGAGCCAUUCUUCCACUUCCCUGCCCCAGAGGACCUUGCGAGACUGAGGCAGAUGUCACAGAGGGAGCAGCAGGUGCAAGAGAUGGACUUACAGACCCCACCCCACCACAGGCAUCCCAGUGCUUGCAGCCGCAAUCAAUCCCAUCUUUUCCCUCUCCAUCCCAAUUUACGAUUCUCUUCCCUCUCCAUCUGUGUGCUUGUGCAGUCUGGAGCAACAGAGGGAGCAGCAGCCGGUGCUGCUGGUGUUGAUUCCGCAGCAGCCAGUGCUGCUGGUAACUGCGCCCUACAUGCUCUUCCCCCUCUCAUGGCUGUAACACCUGCUGGUGGUAACCGCUCGCCCGCAGGCGGGCUGGAAGGGGCGGGAGGAGGUUUGGAUGGAGGUUUGGGAGGGGGUGGGAGGGAGUGGGGAGGAGUGGUUGGUGAGUCGAUGGUGAAUCGGCUGCUGUCUGCUUUGAUUGACUGCCCCCGGCAGGGCGGGGGCAAGGAGGGUGGGUGUGACGGAGGGGAGUGUAAGGAUGAUGAAGAGGAGGAGGACGAGGAGGAGGAGGAGGAAGAGGUUGAUUUCGGUCGAAUUAGAAACAGCCAAUCAAACAGCUGGCAGCCCAACAGUGGGCAGAUUUGGGCGCAGAUGGAAGGGGGGAGGGGGCCAGGGGGAGGGCUGUUGGGGGGGGGAGGGGGAGAGAGGGGGAGUGGGGGAGGAGGACCGCUGAGUGCGGAGGAGUGGAGAGGGAUGGGGCUGGAAGCAAGGGUGCGACUGGAGUUGGCUCAUGUGGGACUGCUGCGCGUGCACGGGCUACAGGAGGCGCAGCGGCAGGACGAUGAGAUCAGUGCCAGCCUUCGCAUUUCCCACAGACGACUGCAAGUUAAGGCGCAGCACAACCAGCACAAGGCAGCGUAUUUGGAAGAGGUGGUGGCAUCAAGGCGACUGGAGGAAGAAAGGAGCUGCGAGAAGCUGGUAGUGGAUCGGCUGCUGGAGAUGGCAUAUGCCAGACGAACGGGUCUCAAGAUGGCGGGAGCAGCGGGCACCAUCACCAAGGGCGCUGGGUCCUCCCUCAAGCUCGCCCGCCAGUCCGCCGUCCACUUUGUGCGCCGCGCCCUGCAGCGCGCCGACCAAUGGCACGCCGGCACGCUGCUGCCGCACCUGCAGCGCGUGCACCCGGACCUACAGCCCUCGCCGAGCCUGCUCGCCGAGCGCAGCCCGCUGCCAUGGACGCCCGGGCCUGGCGGUGUGGGUACUCCUGGAUUGGGAGGGGUGGGGAGGAGUUCUGGUGUGGUGACAACCCCAGGGGGGACACUAAGUGCCCAUGGUGCUGCUGCUGGUGCUGCUGGCGCUGCUGGUGGUGCUGGUGCAGGUGGUUUGGACGGUUCUGGGACAGGUUUAUCUGGUGCAGGCGCCUCUGCCCCUGGCCUCCUCUCCCUGUUCAACCGCCAGAGACUCGCACUCUUCCCCCCGUCCCCACCCCGCCCUCCCAUCCCUCUCUCCUUCGCUCCCACCGCCACCACCACUGCAGCAGCAGCUGCUGUCGCUGCUGCAGGUGCUGAUGACACCGCAAUGGGAGGGGAAUCGCCAGCACUGGAAAUCGCUGGUCUGAGUCCCCUGCGCGGGGCUGGGGCUGGUGGUGGUGGUGAAGAGGGUGGUGCAGGAGGGGCAGGAGGGGGAGGCGUGCGAGAGGCAGAGGCGGAUAGUCUGGUGGCGUCGAUGCUCAUUGCUGGGUCACCCUGUGACAGCUUCAGGGAAGGUGCGUGGCUUAGUGGCCUUCUAGAUCCACACUCACGCACAAAUUUGCGGCGAAGCGAGAGCAGGGGGGAGCGCAUGGGAGCAAUGGCAGGACCAGGCGGUGAUGCUUUGGAGGGGUCGUUCAGACACAAGGAGAGAACCGCUCGACUGGAGGAUGUAUUUGGUGCAGGUGGUAGCCCGAAUGAUGCUGUUGGUGCCGGUGCCACUGGUGCUGGUGGUGCUAGGGGUGCAGCAGGCGCGUCAGCAGCAGCAGGAGCAGGAGGAGGAGCGUCUAGAGGAGGGUUUUCUGGGGCAGGAGCAGCAGGGGGAGGAGCAGGGGGAGGGGUUAGUGGGGGGCCGGUACCUCUACUCCCAGGGAACAUCAAGCGGAAAAGAACAGACCGGGACAACCUGGAUUUCACCAAAGGGGGUUCCCCUGCCAGGCGCACAGGCGAGGGGGGGUCAGCAGGGGCCACCCCUACUGGUGCCCGGUCGAGCCUUGCCGGGGGAGGGGAGGGAGCGGGAGGGGGUGGCGGAGGGGAGAGGAAGAAGGGGCGGUGGCGGCAGCACCGGGUGGGGGGAGGGCAGAGAGGGGCAGGAGGGCAGGCUGCAACCCCCCCUGUGGCUACCCCGCCGGGUCACGAUUCAGGGGGCCUUGAUCCCUCUGGUACUGCUGCUGCUGCUUCUGGGUGGGAGGGAGCAGGAGACUUUGAUUCUAAGCCUCUUGGGUCUUCUCCGGGGGAUUUUUUCGCACCUGGGUCGAGCCUCACGCAUGGUAUACAACUUGGGAAGCGGUCGAGAGGCUCGGGAGUUGGUCCGGGGAAGUCGGGCAAGAGAAAAGCCUCGGCGGAUGAGUUCCCGGACCUGGAUCCAAACCGGAACGCCAUGCCUACGACGCCCCAGCCGGAGCUGGAGCAGGUGGUGGAGCUGGAUAACCUGGCGGCAGGCUCGGUGUUUGGUUCGGCGAUGCCGGAGCUGGGGGUGCAGGGGGAUGACUUUGGUGGAUGGCUGGCGGGAUUGCCGAACGAUGAGCUGCUAAUGGGGGAAGAUCUUGGGGGUCUCGAUGGGCUUGCGGUCCCAACAGAUAAUUUGGCGGAUCUUGGCUUUUAG